UAGCCCCAAAGUCUCCCUUGUAAACCCACUUACCUCAUUCAUUCACUUCCCCUAACCUUCUCCAUCUCGCAAAAACUUUCUCACUGCACCCUACCCAAAGCCAACCAAACAACACUACCCAAAUACUCAGUUGCAACAAUAAUAACAUCCAUGGAGGAGAUAGCGUCCCCAUCUUCGUCUUCCACCUUUAUGUCUUUUUGUCAAGACUCUUCUCCCCCACUCCAACAACGCCUCCAAUUCAUCCUCCAAACCAGACCUGAAUGGUGGGUCUAUGCCAUCUUCUGGCAGGUUUCCAAGGAUGCCACUGGGAGCCUUGUAUUCACGUGGGGUGAUGGCCAUUUCCGUGGCACCAAAGAAUUUGCCGCCAAAGCUUGCAACAAACAGAACCAACCCAAAUUCGGUUUCAAUCUUGAACGAAAGAUGAUAAACAAAGAUUCCCAAACUCUUUUCAGUGAUGAUAUGGACAUGGAUAGAUUGGCAGACGUGGAUGUUAUCGACUAUGAAUGGUUUUAUACGGUGUCCGUAACACGAUCAUUCGCUAUUGACGAUGGAAUUCUUGGCAGGACAUUUGGCUCCGGGGCUUUUAUUUGGUUGACGGGUAACCAAGAGUUGCAGAUGUACGAGUGUGAGAGGGUUAAAGAGGCUCGUAUGCAUGGAAUACAAACUUUGGUCUGUAUUUCAACCUCUUGUGCAGUUGUUGAAUUGGGCUCUUCCAACACGAUUGAUAAAGAUUGGAGCUUAGUGCAUCUCUGCAAAUCGCUCUUCGGUGGAGACACAGCCUGCCUGAUCUCCAAGGAGCCAAGCCACGAGUCUCAGCUUCAGAUUCCUAAUACUCCUUUCCUGGAUAUUGGUAUGUAUUCAGCUUCUCAAAAGGACACAUUUGCAGAGAAGAAAAAUGAAGGCGACAAAAAGAAAGAUGGCACUGGUCAAGGCCGGUCUUCACCUGACUCGGCACGUUCAGAUUCUGAUGGCAAUUUCGCUGCAGGAAAUACAGAUCGGCUCAAGAAAAGAGGUAGAGCGCAACUGAACGGCAAAGAAUUGACUCUGAACCAUGUUGAGGCGGAGAGGCAGCGUAGAGAGAGGCUGAACCAUCGAUUCUAUGCCCUCCGAUCUGUGGUUCCAAACGUGUCAAAGAUGGAUAAAGCAUCUCUACUAGCAGAUGCUGUUACGUAUAUCAAGGAGCUGAAGGCAAAAGUUGACGAAUUGGAGACCAAACUACAAGCAGUAUCCAAGAAAAGCAAGAGUCCAAACAUCAGUGACAGUCAAAUUAGCGCGGAGUCCAUGAUUGAUCACAUCAGGUCUUCUACAGGUUACAAAACCAAAGCAAUGGAAUUGGAAGUGAAAAUAGUAGGAUCAGAAGCCAUGAUAAGAUUCCUGUCGCCAGAUGUUAAUUAUCCAGCUGCAAGGUUGAUGGAUGCGCUGAGAGAAGUGGAGUUCAAAGUUCAUCACGCAAGUAUGUCAAGCAUCAAGGAGAUGGUGCUUCAGGAUGUUGUGGCUAGGGUUCCUGAUGGACUGACAAAUGAAGAAGUUGUGAGAAGUGCAAUUCUUCAAAGAAUGCAGAACUAGUUAAUUAAGCAGCUAGAUAGAUAGCUAGCUAGCUAAUUCUAAUCUCAUGUUAAGGAAUAUAAAAUGUUGUCAACGUGUGUUUGUUUUUCAUUUUCCUUGAGUAAUUUGCUUCUUUUAUGCCUAUCUUUGUAGUGUGUUUAAUUAAUAACAUCUUAUUGUUGAAAUUGUUGUUUGA